ACGUCUAAGGAACUCACGUACCCGGACACACGCACGAGCAGAGAACAAAGGGCCAAACAUGCUCAGAACCCGCUUCACCUCCUCGCUCGCUCACCUCGGCCCUGGUUACCUGCUCAGAACCAGUUGUGAUGUAAAGUUUGACUACCCUGAGGAAGAGAGAGGCCACCGGAAGAGAGCAAGACCCUGGAGGAUGAGAGACUGUGAAGGGAGAGAGAGGGAUCUGGCUAUCUCACAGUCACCUCAGCUGACUAGCUUCGUGAAGCUAUCCUGCAUCCUUAGCCCCAGUCGACUCGUCCCAACAGAGAUUAGCUACACCUCUGAAGCCCUGCUCACGUUGCAGAAUUGUGAGCAAAUGCCAAGGUGCAACUUUCUUCAGUCGUCCCGAAUCCGGGUUCAUCCGACACCAGCUGCCUCCACUAUGCCGCCUAAGUUCGACCCCAACGAGAUCAAAGUCGUGUACCUGAGGUGCACCGGUGGGGCAGUCGGUGCCAUGUCUGCCCUGGCCCCCAAGAUCGGCCCCCUGGAUAUGUCUCCAAAAAAAGUUGGUGAUGACAUCGCCAAGGCAACUGGUGAUUGGAAGAGUCUGAGGAUUACAGUGAAGCUGACCAUUCAGAACCGACAGGCCCAGAUUGAGGUGGUACCUUCUGCCUCUGCCCUGAUGAUCAAAGCCCUCAAGGAAUCACCAAGAGAAAGGAAGAAGCAGAAAAACAUUAAGUACAGUGGAAACAUGACUUUUGAUGAAAUUGUCAACAUUGCCCGACAGAUGCGGCAUCAAUCUUUAGCUAGAGAACUCUCUGGAACCAUUAAAGAGAUCCUGGGGGCCACCCAGUCUGUGGGCUGCAGUGUUGAUGGCCGCCACCCUCACAACAUCAUAGAUGACAACAGUGGCGUGGUGGAAUGCCCAGCUAGUUAAGCACUGCAAAGAAAAAUAAUAAAGGGUUAUUUGACAACCAAAAAAAAAAAA